UUAAACAAAUAAUAAUAGGACAGAGAAAAAGAUUGUUUUUAUGUGUGUGUCCACUUAUUAGAGAGAGAGAGAGAGAAAAGAUAGGAAAGAGGGAUGAAGAAACAAAGGGCAAACCCCCAUAAUAUAAACCCAUAAAAACCAAACAUUAAUCCACAACUUCUCUCUCUCUCUCUCUCUCAUAUAAUUAAUUGGUUUAUUUUUUAGAGGGUUUUUGCUUUGUAUUUGUUUAUCUCACAAAGUUGCAGUCUUGAGAGGUGCACUGUGUGAGUUUGUGUGUGUGUAGCAAAUCCCAUCAAAGAGUUCAUAUUUUCUUGAUAUAAAGCAACAGCAUCAUCAUAUUUAUUUUCUUGAAAAUACAAAAAAAAAAAAAAUGGAGGGGUACUCAAGAAAGGAGAAGGGUUGGGUUACAGAAGAAUCGGAGAAGCUUGAGCUGAGGCUGGGGCUAGGCCCACCAGGCGGUGACUGGACCACCGUCACAGACAACAAUAAUAUCAACAGCCCAUGUCAUAAAAAUCCAGUCUUGAUAUCAUCUCCAUGGCACCAAGAAAAUGCAGCAGCAAAGGGUGGUAGUGGGUUUCUUCAUAUGACUGUGAUGAAGGAACCGUCACAGCCAUGUGGUAAUAGAGUAGCUGCUGCUGCAGCAGAUAACUCAGAUAAGAAUAAGGGAUUUUCAGCAGCUGCUCCUCCUCCUCCUGCAAGCAGUGCUCAGAAAAGAACUGCUCCUGCUCCAGUGGUGGGAUGGCCUCCAAUUCGAUCGUUUCGAAAGAAUCUUGCAAGUGGAAAUUCUUCCAAACUAGCCACCGAUUCGACGAAUGUGGGACCCGACAAAUUUCCCGCCAAAAAACCCGUCGAGAACUCCCCGAAAACUCCGUUUGUGAAGAUCAACAUGGACGGUAUUCCCAUUGGUCGAAAAGUGGAUCUUGGAUCGUAUGACAGUUAUGAGAAGCUUUCGUAUGGUGUCGAUGAACUCUUCAGAGGACUUCUUGCAGCUCAAAGUGACUCUACGAAAGAAAUCGGAGGUUUGUUGAAUGGGAAUAAUAGGGAAUAUACUCUUGUGUAUGAAGAUAAUGAAGGAGACAGAAUGCUUGUGGGGGAUGUUCCUUGGCACAUGUUCGUCUCGACGGUUAAGAGGCUACGAGUCUUGAAAAGCUCUGAGUUACCUACGUUGUCUCGUGGAAGUAAACAGGGGAAGCUGUCAUUCGAUGCUUAACCUAAGUAGAAGCGACGACAACUUGUGUUAUUACAACUUGUGUUAUUUUUGUUGUCUACUUAAAGACAAAAAUGAAAAGGGUUUUAUUGUAUUUUGAAUCAACUCCCUACUUGUAAUUGGGAUUUGGGGAGAUUGACUAAUGAAUAUUUGCUAUGUUGUUUUCAAAUUAAGGUGAAUUUUGUGUAUAUAUCUAAUGUUUUUUUUUUCUUGAAUCUUGAUUUGAAAUGAUUAUGUGGCACCAUUAUUGCAAAGAUUUGCAAUACAUUGUUGUAACUGUGGGGAUUUUAUAUUUAUA